UUGUUUACACAGCUAGUUUUCCGUAGAUUGCCUUCAAGGUCAGGGACUGUAUCUUAAUCAUUUUUAUGUCCCAAGUCUUAGCCAGUUCCUGGCAAACAGCUGGGACUCAAAACCAUUUGCUGAGUGAGUGAAUGAAUCAAUCCACCUCUCUUCAGUGCUGCACAACACAGCAGAUGUCCAGCUCAGAUCAACAUCACAGGCUCUACCUGGAGAGCCCAGCUUUCCUGAUAAUUCCCAAGAGACCCUGGACAUGCCAGGGUGUAUUGUGGAAUGGCUGCAUCUAGAAGAGGGGGAGAAAGGGUCAAAUACUUUCCCAGAGCCCCACCUGGGCCAGUGGUACUUUAUUGCAGGGGCGGCUCGCACCAAAGAGGAGUUGGCGACUUUUGACUCUGUGGACAACAUUGUCUUCAACAUAGCUGUGGGCUCUCCCCCGACGCAGCUCCAGCUUCAUGCUACUAUUCGCACGAAAAAUGGGUCCUGUGUGCCCCGGGAAUGGAUCUACCACCUGACCGAGGGAAGCACAGAUCUCAGAACUGAAGGCCGCCCUGACAUGAAGACCCAGCUCUUCUCCAGUUCAUGCCCAGGUGGAAUCAUGCUGAAGGAGACGGGCCAGGGUUACCAGCGCUUCCUCCUCUACAAUCGCUCACCACAUCCUCCUGAGAAGUGCGUGGAGGAAUUCCAGUCCCUGACCUCCUGCCUGGAUUUCAAGGCCUUCUUACUGACUCCUAGGAAACAAGGUGAGGGGUCUGUAACCAAUCCAGUAACUGACCUGUGGCUACAUAUGUGCCCCCAGAUGGAUUCAUUGGGAGCUAAGGUAGUGGUGGGGGAGAAGAGAAGCCGAAGAAUCCCUCUCAAUAGCAAUAAAGAUUAUUUUUCAAUCCUCAUCUCAUGUUGGGGUUUUUCUCCAGACAUCAAUCCCACUCCAAUUUCAAAACUGCCCCUGAAACUUCUACCACCUAAACCCGCAGCCGGAUGGUGUCAGGAUGGACACUGAGUGGCACUAACUUACUUUGUAGUGGUAUAUUUAGGAUUUGGUGUGACACAUUGACUUAUUGCUGAGUGAGCAACCCCUAACCUCUGCCUGGGGACUGCAGUGCUUCCCCACACUGCUGCCUGGGCUGUCAGUUCCUAAGCCAGUCCUCCUGCCAGUACCGCCUGCACCAUCCCCACUCCUUCUGGUUCCCAGGAACACCAUCAUUCCUGCAAGCUCCCUGUCAC